AUGGACAAUGACAAAUACGGAAUUGGAUAUUGGCCGAAAACCUUAUUCACCGGACUAGCUGAUGUUGCGACUCAAGUUGAAUGGGGAGGAGAAGUUAGCUUUGAUCCAGAAGCGAAAAAUAUUCCUGAAAUGGGUAAUGGCAGGACACCAUUGUAUGAUACUAAAUCUUCAUCAUAUAUUCUACAUGUGACUGUUGUUGAUGAAGCCCGUCAUAAUGUCAACCCAACAAAUACAGAGAAGUUUAAAACUUGUCAAGAACUUUACGGUGUUGCUGAUGCUGGAUAUCAGGGUGAUUAUUUUGGGCGCUUGAUACUUUUUGGGGGUCCAGCAAGUAAUUAA